CCGGCGGGGCGGGGCCAGCUCACAGCUCGGCAGCAGCGGACGCGAUGGUGGCUGUUCCUCAGACAGGCCCAGAGGAGCACGCUUGCCUCUGCAGCUUAGGCCCUCCGUGGGGAUGCCGGUGUCGCCAGCAGCAACCGGGCCCAGCCGAGAAGCCGGACCUGGACCCGGGCGAGGAGCACGUCGAGGCGGACGCGGAGGCGCUCUUCGGUGCUGGGAGGGGCGGCAUCCUGAGUCCCGCGCCAACCCGGCGCUGCUCGCUGCAGGACCUGCCUCCUGAGCUGCUGGUGGAGAUCUUCGCCUCGCUCCCCGGCACCGACCUGCCCAGCCUGGCCCAGGCCUGCACCAGAUUCCGCAGCAUCCUGCGCACCGACAGCAUCUGGAGACGGCGCUGCCAGGAGGAGUAUGGCGUUGGUGAAAACUUGCAGAACCUGAAGAUCAUGGGUGUGUCUUGUCAGGAAGUCUAUGCGAAGCUGCUCCACCCAUACAGACACAUUUUGGGAUUGUGGCAGCCAGAUAUCGGGCCCUAUGGAGGGCUGCUGAAUGUCGUAGUGGAUGGCUUGUGCAUUAUUGGCUGGAGGUACCUGCCUCCAUUACCCCAUUACCCCCGGGUGGAUGACCCAAUGCAAAUCAAGCCCGCCUUCAGAAUUCACCUGACGGAGAGGAAAUCGGCCGCGGUGGAGUGCAUGUGUGGCCACAGAGGGCCCCACAGCGGCCACAUCCAGAUGCUGAAGGACGAGUUCUCCACCAGGUGCAACCAGCCGGACCGCCACAGGAUGUGUGGCGGGAGGCAAGAGGAAUUCCGAGCGUGGCUGAGAGAAGAAUGGGGGCGGACGCAGGAGGACGUUUCCCAGGAGGACUGGGAGGAAUUAGUCCCGAUGAAGUUCAUCUAUAGUCAGUAUAACUGCCUGACCUACCGCCGCAUCUAUCUCCCGCCCAGCCACCCAGACGACCUCAUCAGGCCAGGCCUCUUCAAAGGCAACUACGAUGUCCACGGCCUAGAGAUUGCCAUGCUCAGCUUCCAUGGGAAGCAUGCCAGGGCCACGAAGAUCACGGGUGACGUCUGCAUCCCUGCCGGGCAGCAGACGAUAAAGAUUAGCCUCAUGCACCGCCUCCAGCUGCCUGUUGUCCAGAACCUCCGCAACUUCAACGAGCUCUCCCGCAGCGUCCUGGAGGUUCAUGAGCAGGUGAGCCUGGAGCAGCAGCAGCAAGAAGACAGGCCGGGGGGCAGCGAGGGCCAUGGCUGGCAGAGCCCUGCCCAGCCCAAUGUCGGGCCACCCACUGAGGUCAGGGAGUCCGGGGCUGCAGCUUUGGAGGAACAGCCUGUCGGGUUUGUUCUGCCUGUGGGCAUGAGCUCAUGUGAGGAGGACUACCCCGGAACCUGCAGGAUGUGUUUCUAUGGCCUGGGCCUCGUUGCCCGCCAUGGCUUUAUCAACCCCCAGCGCAUCCCUGGGGCCAUCCUGUUUGAUGAGGACCACUUCGGGUUCAUCUGGCUGGAGGACAAAUUCUUCAACGUGUACAGCAGAGUCCAGGCCACCUUCCAGAAUGCCGACGCACCAUCCCCACAGGCCUUUGAGGCGAUGCUCCAGGACAUUCAGUCCCUGACCUCCUGACGGCCCCCUCCCUUGCCCAGGGGCAGGCAGCAGGGAGCAGGGGCUCUGGACCACCUGGGAUGAGCAGCAGCAUACACUUUGGAGAUUCGACCUUCUGACCAGAACACCCACCUUAUAGGUGUCUGGGUCCAGUCACCAAGACACUUUCUUUAAAGUGUGCGCCCUAACCUGUUUGGCUCAGUAGAUAAGAGCAUACGCCUGCGGACUGAAGGGUCCCAGGUCCGAUUCUGGUCAAGGGCAUGUACCUUGGUUGCGGGCACAUCCCAAGUAGGGGGUGUGCAAGAGGCAGCUGAUCGAUGUUUCCCUUCUCAUCGAUGUUUCUAAUUCUCUAUUCCUCUCCCUCCCUCUUUGUAAAAAAAAAUCAAUAAAAUAUAUUUUUAAAAAUUAAAAAAAACAAAGUGUGCAACAUGUGCCUGCAUAUUUGUCAGUAGCUGACG